AUGGCAUCACCACAGCCUACAUCGUUACAAUCGGGAGGAGAAGGUGGAAAGAUCAGAAGAAAGAGAAGGAGAGGUGGCCAGAGACAGAUCAGCCGCAACGACGAGACUUACCUUCGACAACCCAACAGUUCGAUCAACGGAGUACUUAGAGGGACUUGCUCUCUGCGUAGAAAAAAUCAAGGUCGAUGGGUGCGGUGGCGGUCUCGGGAGUCGGGAACCAAUCGAUCUCAAAGGUAA